GUAACGCAGAGCCUUCACUGGGCAUGCGGGAAAUUAGACUGUGGAGGGGGGGCGCUACCGAGUCGCACAGGCCGGCUUCUGCGAUACAAUCUACCAAGAGAGGGGGGUGAAGGGAAAAAAACCAAUUGGUUAGGUCGCUCUUUGUUUCUGGCUAGGAGGAGAACUAAGAGACUGUGUGACCUGUGAGAACCCAGAUUUCAGCGAUCACCGCUCGUGGGUACUUGCUGCUGCCCCACAUUCCCAGUACCACCUGAGAGAUGUCCACUCCUGAUCCCCCAAUGGGAGGGACACCUCGGCCAGGUCCCUCCCCAGGCCCAGGGCCAUCUCCAGGCAGUAUGAUGGGCCCAAGCCCAGGUCCUUCACCUGGCUCGGCCCACAGCAUGAUGGGACCCAGCCCAGGACCUCCAGGGUCUGGACACCCCCACCCUCCACAGGGACCCUCAGGAUAUCCUCAGGACAACAUGCACCCAAUGCACAAACCCAUAGAAGCCAUGCAUGAAAAGGGAAUGCCUGAUGACCCUCGCUAUGGCCAGAUGAAGGGUAUGGCCAUGAGACCUGGUAGUCACAGUGGGAUGGGACCCCCUCCAAGUCCAAUGGAUCAACAUUCCCAAGGUUACCCCUCUCCGUUGGGAGGUUUAGAGCAUGCACCCAGCCCUGUCCCAUCCAAUGGCCCUCCCUCAGGUCCCGGGUCAGGCCCUAUGGAGGGCAGCGGGGACCCUAAUCAGGGUAUGGGUCAACCAAACCGUGGUGGUCCUCAGGGUCCAGGUGGACCUCCUGGUCCAGGAGGUGGACCAGGUGGUGCAGGUGGACCCACUCCUUUUAACCAGAACCAACUGCACCAACUCAGGGCUCAGAUUAUGGCCUACAAGAUGCUGGCACGCAGUCAGCCCCUCCCAGAGCACCUGCAGAUGGCCGUACAGGGGAAGAGGCCCAUGCCAGGGAUGCAGCAACAGCCAAUGCCCAACAUCCCACCUUCUACAGGGCCAGGAGGGGGACCGGGUGCUGGGCCAGGACCAGCUCAGACCAAUUACAACAGACCACAUGGUAUGGUAGGUCCCAAUAUGGCGCCUCCUGGACCUGCAGGAGUUCCUCCUGGUAUGCAAGGCCAGCCUGCUAAUGGACCCCCCAAGUCAUGGCCUGAAGGACCAAUGGUGAAUGCUGCUGCUCCAUCCAACCCUCCUCAGAAGCUGAUUCCACCUCAGCCCACCGGCAGACCCUCUCCUGCUCCGCCCUCUGUGCCUCCUGCUGCCUCCCCAGUAAUGCCUCCUCAGACGCAGUCUCCCGGGCAGCCUGCGCAGCCGCCUCCCAUGAUGCUACACCAGAAGCAGAACCGCAUAACGCCUAUCCAAAAACCCCGCGGGCUGGACCCAGUGGAGAUCCUCCAGGAGAGAGAGUACAGGCUACAGGCUCGUGUAACUCACCGUAUACAGGAGCUGGAGAACCUUCCCGGCUCCCUUGCAGGAGAUCUUCGCACCAAGGCCACCAUCGAGCUCAAGGCCUUGAGGCUGCUUAACUUCCAGAGACAGCUACGUCAGGAGGUGGUAGUUUGCAUGCGCCGUGACACGGCUCUGGAAACUGCCCUCAACGCUAAAGCCUACAAACGCAGCAAACGCCAGUCACUACGCGAGGCCCGCAUCACAGAGAAGCUCGAGAAACAGCAGAAGAUCGAGCAAGAGCGCAAACGACGGCAGAAACAUCAGGAAUACCUCAACAGCAUCCUGCAGCACGCCAAGGACUUCAAGGAAUACCAUCGCUCCAUCACAGCUAAGAUCCAAAAGGCCACCAAAGCUGUCGCCACCUACCACGCAAACACUGAGCGCGAGCAGAAAAAAGAGAACGAGCGCAUUGAAAAGGAGAGAAUGCGGAGGCUGAUGGCUGAAGAUGAAGAGGGUUACCGUAAACUUAUUGACCAGAAGAAAGACAAGCGUCUGGCUUACCUGCUGCAGCAGACAGACGAGUACGUGGCCAACCUCACCGAGCUGGUGCGCGCCCACAAAGCUGCACAAGCGCUCAAAGAGAAGAAGAAGAAGAAGAAAAAGAAGAAGCCAGAACCUGCCGAGGGCGGUGCUGCUGGUCUAGGACCUGAUGGAGAACCUUUGGAUGAGACGAGUCAAAUGAGUGACCUGCCAGUCAAAGUCAUCCAUGUGGACAGUGGAAAGAUCCUGACGGGUAUCGACGCACCGAAGGCCGGACAGCUGGAGGCCUGGCUUGAAAUGAACCCAGGAUACGAAGUAGCACCACGUUCAGACAGCGAAGACAGCGGUUCAGAAGAAGAAGAGGAGGAGGACGACGAUGAGGAGGAGCAUUCUCAGCACACCACAGCUCCAACAGAAGAGAAGAAGAAAAUUCCAGAUCCUGACAGCGAAGAUGUCUCAGAAGUGGAUGUCCAGCACAUCAUUGAGCACGCCAAGCAAGAUGUGGACGACGAGUACGGCAACGCAGCGUUUAACAGAGGCCUGCAGUCUUACUACGCCGUCGCUCACGCUGUUACUGAGAAGGUGGAUAAGCAAUCCUCACUGCUGAUCAAUGGGCAGCUCAAACAGUACCAGAUUAAAGGUCUGGAGUGGCUGGUGUCUCUUUACAACAACAACCUGAACGGCAUCCUGGCUGAUGAGAUGGGUUUAGGAAAAACCAUCCAGACCAUCGCACUUAUCACUUACCUCAUGGAGUACAAGCGCAUUAAUGGACCCUUUCUCAUCAUUGUACCUCUCUCAACUUUAUCAAACUGGGUGUACGAGUUUGAUAAGUGGGCGCCGUCUGUUGUGAAGGUCUCCUACAAGGGGUCUCCUGUUGCUCGUCGUUCAUUCGUUCCGAUCUUGCGAAGCGGCAAGUUCAACGUGCUGCUCACCACAUACGAGUACAUCAUUAAAGAUAAGCAGGUGUUAGCCAAGAUCCGUUGGAAGUACAUGAUUGUGGACGAGGGUCAUCGUAUGAAGAACCACCACUGUAAGCUGACGCAGGUUUUGAACACACACUACUUGGCCCCACGCCGUGUGCUGCUCACAGGUACGCCGCUGCAGAACAAACUCCCUGAGCUCUGGGCCCUGCUCAACUUCCUGCUGCCCACCAUUUUCAAGAGCUGCAGCACGUUCGAGCAGUGGUUCAACGCCCCCUUCGCUAUGACCGGAGAGAAGGUUGAUCUGAAUGAAGAAGAGACCAUCCUGAUCAUCCGACGUUUACACAAGGUGCUCCGACCGUUCCUGCUGCGCAGACUCAAGAAAGAGGUGGAGGCCCAGCUUCCGGAGAAGGUGGAGUAUGUGAUCAAGUGCGACAUGUCAGCCUUACAGAGGGUUCUGUACAGACACAUGCAGGCCAAGGGAGUCCUGCUCACCGACGGGUCAGAAAAAGACAAGAAGGGUAAAGGUGGCACGAAGACCCUGAUGAACACUAUAAUGCAGCUGAGGAAGAUCUGCAAUCAUCCCUUCAUGUUUCAGCACAUCGAGGAGUCUUUCUCUGAGCACCUCGGUUAUUCCGGCGGAAUCGUGUCUGGCCCUGAUCUGUACCGCGCCUCUGGAAAGUUCGAGCUGCUGGAUCGUAUCCUGCCCAAGCUGAGAGCCACUAACCACAAAGUGCUGCUUUUCUGUCAGAUGACCUCACUCAUGACCAUCAUGGAGGACUACUUUGCUUACCGCAGCUUCAAGUACCUGCGUCUGGAUGGAACAACCAAAGCGGAGGACCGCGGCAUGCUGCUGAAGACCUUCAAUGACCCGGCGUCGGAGUACUUUGUGUUCCUGCUCAGUACCAGAGCCGGAGGCCUGGGCUUGAACCUGCAGUCUGCUGAUACCGUCAUCAUUUUCGACAGCGACUGGAACCCUCAUCAGGACCUGCAGGCUCAGGACCGAGCCCACCGUAUCGGUCAGCAGAACGAGGUGCGGGUUCUCCGCCUGUGCACCGUCAACAGCGUGGAGGAGAAGAUCCUGGCAGCAGCCAAGUACAAACUGAACGUGGACCAGAAGGUCAUCCAGGCCGGCAUGUUCGACCAGAAGUCCUCCGGCUGCGAGCGCCGGGCCUUCUUGCAGGCCAUUCUGGAGCACGAGGAGCAGGACGAGGUCGGGGCUCGAGGAGGCUGCCGCACUAGGGGGGCGUGGGAGGAAGAUGAAGUUCCUGAUGAUGAAACAGUCAAUCAGAUGAUUGCCAGAAGUGAAGAGGAGUUCGAACAAUUCAUGCGCAUGGAUCUAGACAGACGCCGCGAGGAAGCCCGCAAUCCUAAGAGGAAACCUCGCCUGAUGGAGGAGGAUGAUCUUCCUGGCUGGAUUUUGAAAGAUGACGCUGAGGUGGAGAGGCUAACCUGUGAAGAGGAGGAGGAGAAGAUGUUUGGUAGGGGAUCUCGUCAGCGGAAGGAGGUGGACUACAGCGACUCGCUUACUGAGAAGCAGUGGCUCAAGGCCAUAGAAGAAGGUAACCUGGAAGACAUAGAGGAGGAAGUUCGUCAUAAAAAGACGACUAGAAAGCGAAAGCGAGACCGCGACCAUGACUGCGGGCCGUCCACGCCUGGCUCUAGCAGCGGGCGCGGUCGGGACAAGGACGAGGAGGUGAAGAAGGCAAAGAAACGAGGUCGCCCGCCAGCUGAGAAGCUCUCUCCUAACCCUCCAUCCCUCACCAAGAAGAUGAAGAAGAUCGUCGACGCUGUCAUCAAAUAUAAGGACGGGAAUGGCCGACAGCUGAGCGAGGUCUUCAUCCAGCUGCCUUCUCGCAAGGAGCUGCCAGAGUACUACGAGCUCAUCCGCAAACCAGUGGACUUCAGAAAGAUUAAGGAGAGGAUCCGCAGCCACAAGUACCGCAGCCUCAACGACCUGGAGAAGGACGUGAUGCUGCUGUGCCAGAACGCCCAGACUUUCAACUUGGAGGGUUCUCUGAUCUACGAGGACUCCAUUGUGCUGCAGUCGGUCUUCACCAGCGUCAGGCAGAAGAUCGAGAAAGACGACGAAAGCGAGGGGGAGGAGAGCGAGGAAGAAGAGGAUGACUUAGAUGAAGGCUCCGAGUCUGAAUCCCGUUCGGUGAAGGUGAAGAUUAAACUAAGCCGGAAAGAUAAGGGGGAGCGGGGAGGUAAAAGCCAGCGGCGGAGGGGCCGCGGCUCCCGAGCUAAGCCUGUGGUCAGCGACGACGACAGCGAUGAAGAACAAGAAGAGGAACGUUCGGCCAGUGGAAGCGAGGACGACUGAAGUGAACCUGGACUCGUAUAUUUUACUUAGAUACAGCAGGAAGACAGUCAGUGGAAAGGCCUAGUUUUACCUAGAUGAUCUGAUUUUAGUGAGACAGUGAACCAAUAAUGAAAAAAAAAAACAAACCCUAAAAUAUGAAAUUUAUGAACCAUCCUUCAUAUUUAAACCAUUUCCCAGUAUAAUUAGUUGUGUCUCUUUGCCUUUUUUGUUUUCUCUUCUAAGUGGAACAUGGACAGAGCCUGAAUUAUUAUAGACUGAUCGUGGGCCAUACUGUUUUUUUUUUGUUUUUUUUAAGUGAUAUUUUGUGGUCUUAUACUUUGAGACAAAGCGUACACAUGAACCAGGAAGUCCCUGCGUUCCUCCAAGUCUUGAAUGCAUGUCGUGCGUGUCUGUGGAAAUGCACCUGGAUGUGUCUUCACUAUUAUCUAUGUGUUUAAUUUAAACUUUCAACCGGGAUCGCGGUACAUCCCACCUUGCAGCCCCCUCCCUCUCAGGUCACGUAUGUAAAAGGGAGGGAGGGAUAGGACCCUUUUCUCGUGUCGGUGUCACUGGAUUCCAACAUUUACAAUAAAGGCAUCUCAUGAUU